AUGGAUUUCGAUGCCCUUCGUGCGCGGACCCUGCGAUCUGGCGCUGACGAGGAGGCUGUUACGGUUAACACAAGAGCAUUGAUUGAUAAGGUUUUGGCCAGAUAUUCAGGAGAAUGGACGGUCUUGAGGGAACUGCUACAAAAUGCUGCAGAUGCUUCGGCAACAAAAGUCACCAUCAAAUUCGAAACAAUACCAUCUGCCACCGUUCCGUUGCCCUCAGAUGCCUCCUCGUCGAAUAUGCUAAAGCACACAGUGCAAAAUCAUACACUGAAGAGACUGGUGGUCACAAACAAUGGGCUUCCCUUCAGUGAGAACGACUGGAACAGGUUGAAGAGAAUCGCUGAGGGCAACCCCGAUGAGACGAAGAUAGGUGCUUUUGGCGUGGGCUUCUACUCCACCUUUGCAGACUGUGAAAGCCCUUUUGUCUCCUCGGGUCGAGAAGCAAUGGCGUUUUUCUGGAAGAAUAAUUCUCUUUUCACACGACGGUUACAGCUUCCUGAAUCAGAGACCUCCGACACAAAUUUCGUACUCGACUACCGGGAUUCCACGUCUCCAGUCCCUCCUUUACUACCUCUCACGCAAUUCCUGGCGAAUAGUCUCACGUUCGUUGGUCUAGAGAAUAUUGAACUUUGGCUAGAUGAAUGGAACCUCCUUUUACUGAAGAAGAAAAAUUCACCAAGUUUUGAGGUGGCAAUCCCACGGAACAUUGAGCCCAAGACGAGUGAAGGUUUCAUGAGAGUGACCAAAGUCUCCAAGCAGAUUGCGCAGAUCGAUGGAGAAUGGAUGGCUGUCGUAGGAUGGAAAUCGACGAAGGACAGCAAUCGCUCAGUUGAUCGUGAAACCGGAACAUCUCUCCGCAAGUUCUUCUCGCGGCUUGCUGGGACGACACAGGAAGAGAGCCAGCCGGACGCCAAACCAGAUCGACCAGUUGAGGCAGACCUUCUUACAUCCAAAGUUUCUGCGACCGUGUUCCUCAAUGUCAACACAGCAACCAUCAAGACGUUCACUGGUCAGAAAUUCAAUGAGGAACUGGAACGGGCCACCAAGAAGCCUCCUCCCAAAUUCACAAAGCUCGCCAUCCUGACAGCUCCGUACAUUGAGGAUGCAAGCCUAACAAAGGCAACUGCGGCUGGCGACGUCUUCGGUACCGUGCUCCCAGGUAGAGGAGGCAAGAUCUUCAUCGGCUUUCCUACGCAUCAGACGACAGGAUUGAGUGCCCAUAUCUCGGCGCCUUCCGUCAUCCCCACCGUCGAGAGAGAGGCGAUUGACUUGAAUGCGAGAUACGUCAGGACAUGGAACAUGGAGAUGCUUCGUGCUGCCGGCAUUGUUUGCAGGAUAGCCUGGUCUUGUGAGAUGCAAGAAAUCAAAGAGAAGACGCAGCGAGAAGCAAAUGGCCGCUCAAAGAUCCGUAUGGCAGAAGUAACACCAUUUCUGCAAGAGGCCAUCACCAUAUUCAAGAACUUCACUUUCCGAGACUCGACCCCGUCUCCAUCGAUCGGACAACUUCUGGAGGAUGCCUUUUGGACUUGCAGCAAAGAGGCCUCUAUCGAAGUAGUGUCGACCUGUGGAGUUCUGCCGACCCAUGCUGUGCGUAUAGCUCCGAAAGAUUUAAGCUUUAUGGAAGGCGUCCCAAUCCUCCCCGAGAAACUGGCGUUGGAGGCCAAAACUCUGGUCUCCAAACUUGUCGAUUUCGGUCUCUUAACGGAGGUGACGGUUUCGGACAUCAAGCUGGCCCUUGAGUCCAAUCCUCUCACUCCGCUCCAACUGUCUGAAUUUCUUGGAUGGCUCACUAAGCAGUCUACUCGGGGAACCCUCGAUAGGGCUACAGUCUCCAGCUUGCUGACAGUUGCUGUGGUAAAUGAUAGCAUGCCCGAGGGCAAUAGCAGCCCCAUUCUUCAACUCGGAGAGAUCCGCCAUUUCCUGAAUCCUAGCAGAACUCCUGUUGAUCUCCCGGUGCCGCCAACAGUCAUGCCCUUCAAGUUCACCAGAAGCAUGAACAAACAUGACUUGGAAAGCCUGGGCUGGGAGGAGCUGCAACUCGUGCCAUGGGUACGGUGGCUGAUCAGCCGCUGCGGAAACCGUGAGGGUUUGGCAGAUGACCAAGAUAUCACACGGUCACCGGAAUUCAGUGCACAAAUCCUGCCUAUUCUAUCGAAACAAUGGGACUCGCUCAGCCAGCAGUCCAAGACGUCUCUCGUUGAAUUACUCGUCAAACACACCGUCAUCCCGACAAAGUUUGGAAUGAAGAAGCCUGGGGAUUCGUAUUUCCCCAGUGUUAAGUUGUUCGAUGACCUUGCAACGAUCAAAGGCCUUGGAAAUGUGAAGGAUAAAUUCUUGGUGGCACUGGGUGUCCGCAAGACUGUGGAGCUGGGUGUUGUCUUCGAGCGGCUGUUGACGGUGGGUUCUAAAUCCGCAACCCCCGAGUCCACGGCAAAGCCUCAAUGGAGCCAUGUUGAUCUGAUCCACUAUCUCGCCUCGGUGCGUGAAGACAUUCCCGGGCCUGAUAUCGCGAAACUCAGGAGUACGCCAAUCUUCCAGAGACAGGUUAAAGACGAAGAGGAGUCCAAUACCUCGAAGCGCUAUAAAAUCUCGGAACUAUUUGAGCCACGGCCGGACCUGCGCGAGCUAGGCCUCCCAGUCCUAGCUUGGACAGGUGUGUAUCGCAAUAGCAGCCCUGAAGGGAAAUUCUUGAGCUCGCUGGGUCUGCGAACCACGCCUGUGGUGGAAGAACUCGUUGCCAUCAUGGCCCAAGCAGGCAAAAAGGGAGCCACGACAAACCUUGAUCUUCGAGAUAGGGCCCUCGCGUAUUUCCUGUCCCAUCACCACGCCUAUGGAUAUGGCGCCUUCGACUACUCCCGUAUCACGCUACCGUUCCUGCCACUUGAGAACAAGGCAGACGAGCUUGCUAUACCCUCACAAUGUUUUGCAGAUGAAGGUGCAGCCCUCCUUGGGUUUGACACUCUGAAGCGUGACUGGGUGCCGCAUGCAACGAAGUUCGGGGUCAGGCUGAACCCACCGAUGGAAAUCUGCAUCAACGUCCUUGCAAAACGACCUCCAACGACGUCUCGAGAUGCUCGUGCCAUCUUUUCAUAUUUUGCCGGUCGUUUGAAUGAGAUCAAUGGCAGCAACAUCCCAAGGUUGAACAAUCUAGACUUUGUUCCCAUUUUCUCAAAAGAUAAAGAGAAGUCGGCCGCAAAGAUCCACACCUCGCCACGAAAUUGCUUUCUCGGCGAGAGCGACGUGUUUGGCGAAAUCUUCCAUUACGUCGAUUUCGGCUACGAAGGCAACUCGUUCCUGAUCAAGUGUGGUUCAAAACAAGAGCCUUCCAAAAUAGAGAUAGCACAGAUCCUCGUCAGAGAGCCUGCACGCGUCUCUGCCACGUUCCGCAACGUCGAGAAGUAUAUGGCUCUUCUUCGCAGUAUGGCUGAUGACGUGAAGACUCUGAAGAAGAACAAGGAGCUUUUUGCGGAAAUGAAGAGAGCACCGUUUUUACUUGCGAGUAAAGAACUCCCAUCUGUGUCAUCUCUGGCUGAUAAGUCCACUGGGCGUGGGGACGAAGCUGACAAUCUCGAUGAGGAGGAGUCCCAGGGUAUUCGUGAAUUUCAGUUGUGCAGUGCCCAAGAUGCCAUCAUCAUUGAUGACUAUCUGAAUUAUAACCUAUUCAAGACCAAUAUUCUUGCUGCACCUCAGGAAGAGAGUCUCGAAGAUUUUUACUAUGCUCUCGGGUCGCCACUUCUGAGUUCCUUGGUUGAGGAAGCAGCGCGCCAUGGCCCCCGAUUACCGGAUCAAAAGCCAGCCGAGAAAUUACAGAAACAGAUCUUAGAGAGAUCGACGCUGUUUCUGCACGAACAUCCUCCAGAUACCAUCAAACAUGACGCGAAAUGGCUGGGAAAGAACCUUACCGUGCAGCUGGUAUCAUCAAUCUCUCUGAGGAGAUCUCUGCGAGGACGAAACGUCAGUCAUACCGAGAAGCGCACUGCUGUCAUUACACAGGUCAACCGCGAGUAUACUUUGUGGAUCACAGGCGCUAAGCCUGACCUCUACCAGGUUAGCCAGGCUUUGGUGAACAUUCUGCUUACUCGACCCAAACUCCAUUCUGCAAUCACACUCGAAAUGCUACUGAAGACGGAUUUGCUGGAUCUCCGCGCUCGUGGCUUUAACGUUUCUCGUAUUCUGCGACAAAAAGCGGCUGAGGCGCGACUUGCAGAAAACAAGCGACAACAAGAGCUUGAGGAGCAGCAAAAGCGCAUUGAGGAAGAGGAAAAGACAUGGCGAGCUUCGCAGCAACAAGCUGCAACCCAGAAAGCACAGCGAAAUGAAUUGCCAGGCGGUUUCCCAGACUCGCCCGAUCAUGCAGUCGUCCAGACUGGCCCUGACCAGGACACCCUGUCCAUGGAUUCUGAUGAGCGUGCACGGCAGGGCCGGAACCUGUUCUUGAACCUCUCACGUCAACUUGGCUUGGGAAGCAACCGUCAUCUUCAAUCCAUGCUCGGGCAGAAUGUAGAUGCCAUGCCAGAGACUGGCUCUCAGAGAGCUAUGACAAGUGGGGAGCAAGAACCUCCUCCGCCCUACGAGUAUGGCCAGCAGGGAGGAGGACAGCAGAGACCCAACGACUCCAUCACGGCACCUCAUCAGCUCCGCGAGAACUUGCUGAACGCCAUCAAGAAGUCCCGCCCUCACAACUCCUCGGACCUCUAUUCUCGCGGCGAAACGAAUAUCCUGUCAGAAACCAAAUCCUACUGCGAUGAACAUCCCGCCCACGACCUCACAUUCGUGGCAGACAUCAAGGAUGGGAUCCAAAUGUACCUAUCUCCUUCGUCCGUCAGCAAUUCAUCCAGCUUCCUUCAACAGCAUUCGUCUGGGUUGACUGCCUUUGCAACCCUCCUCAAGACUGUGGGUGAGGUUUUUAGCUUGAACCCACGAACCUUGAACAUUUUCUUUGAGACAUCGGGUAAGACAAUUGCCUUCAACCGCAACGGCAGCAUCUUCUGCAACUAUCGCUAUUACCAGGAACUCCACGAGCGGAGUCUUGCAGCAGGCGCAGGAUCUUCGGAUGCCUAUUCUGACGCCUUCGUCUACUGGUGGGUCAUCCUCUGUCAUGAGCUGGCACACAAUCUUGUCGGUGACCACAGUUCCGACCACAGUUUCUACACCGAAGGCUUUGUGGCGCAAUACUUUGGGCGUGUCGUGCGAGUCAUGGGGGAGGCACAGGGGUCUCGCGCUACAAGAGGCCAGACUACGAACCCAGAACGAGCACCUUUGUUGGAAAAUUGA